AUGUCCCAAGUCGAGACCGUGUCCUCCUUUGUGGAGGGAGCCCCCCCUGGCGAGUCCCUCACCGUGUCCGACCCCGAACUCGUUUCGAGCCUCGAGCCGGCGUUCGAGAAGUACAAUGAAGAGCAGUUCAUCACAGUGAAGCUGCCCGGCGGCAGCCAGCAGGUCAUUGUCAGCUCUCACAACUCGCUGGGCAACGGUCAAUACUUUGACGUCGAGAGCUCCACGAGCUUCACCUUCGACCACAGCACACAGAAGGCCAGCAACGCGCAGAGCUACGUUCUGGAGGGCGCCAACGCCGACUUGAUCAAGUCGACGCUGAAGAGUCUCGGCCCCUACGUCAAGGAACACUUCCCCAACGCCGCGUACGGAGUCUACCCGACCGAGAACGACUCCAAGGUCGCCGUCAUUAUCGUUUCCAACAAGUACUCUCCCAACAACUUUUGGAACGGCCGCUGGCGCUCCCUCUACAUCUACGACCCCUCCUCCGAGAGCCUCGAGGGCUCCGUCAAGGUCGACGUGCACUACUACGAAGACGGCAACGUCCGCCUGCUCACCAGCCGCCCCACACAGACGUCCGUCUCGGGCACCGGCGCCGGCAUCGUCAAGGAGAUUUCGAACUCGGAGAAGAAGUACCAGGAGGAGCUCAACAGGGGGUUCACGAAUCUGAGCGAGGGAGCGUUCAAGGGCCUGAGACGGCAGCUGCCCGUGACCAGACAGAAGAUUGAGUGGGACAAGAUCACCUCGUACCGUCUCGGACAGGACAUUGGCGGAGGCAGCGGAAGGCGAUGA